AUCGUUAUCUUGUUAGGGCCUUCACCACUUACAGGCAAACAGGACCCCCGUACAGUUACCCCGGAGAUGGCUACGAUGCGACCGCAGCAGUACAACUCGCCCAUCCGCCUCUACUCUCCUCAGACUCUACAAGAGACCCUAGCAGCCCAGUCUCAGGUACUGGCCAACGGCGCUAUCGGAGUUGACUUCCAUCAGCUCGCCAAGCCAGCGAACCUGUCCAACUCUGCCGUUCUGCGCAUGCUAGAGGAGGAGGAGGCGCGCGGCAGAGGCCAGGGCUUGCAGGAAAAACUCCAAAAGGAUAUAAAGGAUCUGGGUAAAAAACCAUUAAAGGAACCACCAACCUGGCCUCCCAGCAGUAGCCUGCCGCAGCCUGUACGAUGGGUUCUGGCGCCAGACCUGGGCAAACCUGAGCCAGGACUGAAACGAGUAGCGUGGCCUCCACCACCAACCGAAGAAGCUGAGUUCUUAGUUGAGGAGCCUGCUCCGGUAUACAGCCAAGCACCAGGAGUACAAGCACCUCCAGCUCAGCCCAUCCACCGACCGAGUCCAUCACCCGUACCAUUCACACCCCCUCCAGCUACAAUCACACUACGAGCCUCCCCUCCCAUCAGUCAAGUAUCUGCCCCCGUGUACUCCAGCCAACCAAUCACGGCGUCUGUCAAGGGAGGAGCCCGCAGCCGCGGGGAUCAGAAAUGGCCUCCAGAGAACGUCAAACAGCAGGCGGAGGCUGAGAAUGAGGCAAGGAUAGCCCUGGCCAAGGGGCCUGCGUUCCGACCUCGUAAGGUGAAGAAGGACUACUCACAGUUCUUUGCACAACACGCCCUAAACAGCACAUACCCUGGCUAUCGCCCCCCUCCCGGCACACAACACUAUUUAGAGGACGGCACGUCGGCUUUGUAACCACAUCUGUAUAGGGUGUGAUGCAACAUGUACAUACGAAGAAUUUUACAAUUCAAACAUCGAUAACGAUUAUUAAUGCAAUAUCGUCGAAACAUUAUCUGCAGUGAUUACAUGAAGCCAAACGCUUGAUAAUGCUGUUGAAAUCCGUCACAGGGUAGAAUUUUAUUUGUUAACCACAAGCUGAUUUUGUUGCAUUUGCUUUCAUAAUAUACCUGCACAGUCGCUUUAGUAGGAUUUGGCUUACACCAUUGUGAAACACAAAGAUAGAAAACAAGUUUGUUUAAAGAAAAAUCAUUAUUGUAAUGAAGCAAAUUAAAGACACAAUUUUUGUAUUAAUAUUUACUGUGUUUGAUCAAAUUUCAAAAAUGAUGACCUUACUUUGAUCUACUUUGUGAAACAAAUCAUGUUAGUUUAAGACACUUGAAGUGAUAUUUUUGUACUUGCAGUUUUGUACUUUAGUCAUUAGAUCGUUCACCAAAGAACCCUCACUAAUUAUCUUUCUUAUUUCUUCUUAUCUUUUACUAGACUUUUGUUUCCUUUUAUACACGAGCCCUCGAUGCCCACAUGUUAUAGCUUUCACUGUAUGGUUGUGGUCCUUCAAUGUCCUCAAUCUUUGUUUUGUUAUAAAUGUAAGCUAUUUUUAACUAUUGUUUUAAUAAACAUCAAAGAAAAAUCG